GUCGAUCGGACGGUACGGACGUGGUCGGUAGUCGCGAUCAAGCUCAGCGGCGUGGCGCGCUGACGGAGGCGAAUAGGGUUAGAAAACUGGUGUGGCUGCUUUCGCGUCGCACGAGGUUUGAAUGAAGGUUUAUCAAAGGGAGUUGCAGUCAUGACUUGCUCAUAAUUCUCUGUGCCCCCUUCGAGUCGGAGUGUAUACCCCACCAGGAAAGACCAUUGUUGCGAAUCGGCUGACUCGCCGCGUUGUUUUAGGUUAAAAUCCACAGUACGCGCUCAAACUGCUUCGUCAUGAAGUGCAAAAAAAUGGGAGCUUUCUGGCAACUCAUCACUCUGCUGCUGAUCAGUGUGAUUUAUUCCUGCGAGGGCUCUCAGGACAGCCAGCCGAGUAAUGACGAAUUGCUGGAGAAAAUCCCUGGACUGGAAAACAUUCCUGGACUUAACAGUGUCAAUGCUUCUGCGUUGCCGACAGCUGAGGAUGCUAAAAACCUGCUGAAAAAGAAGUGCGAUAAAUACGGGGGACCAAAAGCCUUCGAAAAUGCCCUGGCUGGCCAAGAACAGCUACAACAUUGCGUCGCAGGCCUCGUUAAUGUCACCGUACUACAAAAUGAAAUGGAAAAAGCCAAACCAGAAGGAGAGUUAGACACAGUGUUUAAGAAUUAUUGUCGGAAGUCUCCGCUUUUCAAGAACUGCUUAAACAAUUUUGCCAAUUCGUUGGAACCCUGUUUCACUGAAAAAGAACGCGACAGCAGGAAGAUCAUUCAAAAUGUCACGGACUCGCUCUUGAACUUUAUUUGCUUCAAGGAGGGAGAUCGUAUCGCUCUCUUUAUCUCUGCCGGUGGACCGGAAUGUAUCCAGCAGAAACAAGCAGGUAUACAAGACUGUAUCAAUGGCACUUUUGGAAGUUCCAUUCCAUCCUCCACUCUGAAGAAUGGAGUACCGGCUGGAAUUGAAAGUCUGCCUACGUUCACAUUUGACAGCAAAGACUGCACUGAUAUCGUCUCGUUGCAAACUUGCGUGGUUAAAGAAUUAGAAACGUGUACAGAUCCGACGACAGCGAAUAUCGUUGACUCAUUGUUCAACUUCAUUAAAAAAGUGACACCAUGCGAUAACCUGCUUAGUGCGAAAGCAGCAGCAGCUACCGGUGAUGAUAUAGCUGAAAGCUCGGCAUCUACCAUCAGUACUACUAUUACAGUGACACUUCUCACCUUAGUGUCUCUUAAAUAUCUUUAAAACGAUGGAAUAAGCGAUGUCUCUAAUUUAAGAGUUUAUAUUUUUUAAAUGAAAAAUCACAGGACAAACUGACAACACAAUCGAAUCCUCCUGACGAUCAUCGGUCAGAUGAUAAUAUGCAGAUUCAGAGAGAUCGCUAGAUAUUUGUUUAAACAAUCAACUCAGAGUGAAAGUACCGCCUUUAAAAAAGGAUGUUCAUUAUGAUCCUGACAAUAUAAAUAUUCAUUGUGAGAUUGUAUUCAAAUAAAUUGAAUGCUUUUAUACCAAAUAGGUAUGAUGGAGGGUGGUUAUCAAGGAAGUUUAAUAGUCAUAAUCUAUAAAAGUCUAAUAUUGUCCUACUGGAAAUGUCAAAUUUGUACGUUACGGUAAUCGCUACCUGAUACUUGAUAGAUUAUAGUGAUAUGUACAAUACAUAUAUCAGUUUGUUUCGUCGGUUUACAAAUUACAAUCUUGAAAACUAUUAACAAUUAUCUGCUAUACGUUUAGAAGGAAUCCAACUAGUUUUGUUACAUUAUGAAUCAGGUGCUUGAGCAAGUCUGAAAAAAACAUACUAAACAAAAGUAUUACCAAAACCCAAUACUAAAUCUAAAUAUAAGUAGACCGAAGCACAGCUUCAUGUUUAAUCUCCCGAUUUCUACAGGUUCUUUUCGUUAUGCGUUAAACAUGAAAAGGUGAUUAUUAGGACUGAUCAUGAGGCCUUCUCAUUAUAAAGAUCAACCAGAUAGAGGAUAAAUCAUAAUAUAUUUAUAAUUACGAACUACUGCAUAAGAAUUAUCCAGAAGUGUCGAUCGUCGCCUUCUGACAGUCAUGAAAAAGUUUGUAUUUAUUGUUCUGUAUUUGUGUAUCAAAUAAUAUACAUUUUUGUAAUUACUGCGA